AUGGAGUUUAAAUCUUCUUCACCUUCGAGUCCAAUUCAUGUAAUGCUCGUGUCGUUUCACGGACAAGGCAGUGUCGGUCCGCUUCUCCGUCUAGGCAAGGUAAUUGCUUCAAAGGGAACAGUCGUUACGUUCGUCACUACGGAGAACUGGGGCAAGAAAAUGAGACAAGCCAACAAGAUCGUCGAUGGUGAGCUUAAACCGGUUGGUUCCGGUUUAAUCCGGUUUGAGUUUUUCGACGAUGGAUGUGCGGAAGAUGAUGUCCGGAGAGGUACUUCCUUGUACAUCCCACAGCUAGAACGAUCCGGGAAACGAGAAGUAACGAAACUCGUGAGGAGAUACGAGGAAAAAAACGAACCCGUCUCUUGUCUGAUCAAUAACCCUUUUGUCCCAUGGGUUGGGGACAUUGCGGAAGAGUUAAACAUUCCGUACGCAGUGUUGUGGAUACAAUCUUGCGCUUGUUUCUCUUCUUAUUAUCAUUACCAAAAUGGUUCUAUUCCUUUCCCAACAGAAGCAAAGCCUGAUCUCGAUGUUAAACUCCCAUGCGUUCCUGUCUUGAAGCACGACGAGAUCCACACCUUUCUCCAUCCUUCUUCUCCAGUCACGGGCCUACGAGACGCGAUUCUUGGACAGUUCAAGAAUCUGAGUAAGUCCUUUUGUGUUCUACUCAACUCCUUCGACGCCAUGGAGCAAGAAGUGAUUGAUUACAUGUCGAAACUCUUUCCGAUAAAAACCAUCGGACCGCUUUUCAAACUCUCCAAGACGGUAACCUCUGAUGUAAGCGGUGACUUCUGCGAACCCUCGGAUCAGUGCCUCGAGUGGUUGGACUCGAGGGGAGAAGCGUCAGUUGUGUACAUCUCUUUCGGGACGGUUGCGUAUUUGAAGCAAGAGCAGAUGGAAGAGAUGGCUCAUGGAGUUUUGAAAUCCGGUUUAACGUUCUUGUGGGUGAUUAGACCACCUUUACCAGAUUUAAAUCUUGAGACUCUUGUCGUGCCUCAAGAGAUUAAAGAAGCGUGUGGUGAGGGUAAAGGGAAGAUUGUGGAGUGGUGUCCACAAGAGCAAGUGUUGGCUCAUUCUUCAGUGGCGUGUUUUGUGACUCACUGUGGAUGGAACUCGACGACGGAGGCUUUGAGUUUGGGUGUUCCAGUGGUUUGUUUUCCGCAGUGGGGAGAUCAAGUCACCAACGCGGUUUAUAUGAUUGAUGUUUUCAAGACGGGAGUGAGGCUUGGCCGUGGAGCUGCGGAUGGGAGGAUUGUGCCGAGGGAGGAAGUGGCGGAGAAGCUUUUGGAAGCGACGGUUGGGGAGAAAGCGGUGGAGCUGAGGAAGAAUGGUUUGAAGUGGAAGGUGGAGGCGGAAGCAGCUGUGGCUCCCGGGGGUUCGUCGGAAAAGAAUCUCAUGGAGUUUGUGGAGAAGUUAGGCGUGUGA